UCAUUGUCUUUGUGUCUCUUGUACUUUGCUCUUGCUGCUUAAAAUGGUCGGCCGCCACAACCGAAUUCUCUUCCCGAAUCCCAUAAACCAUAAAAACUGCCAAAAAACCUCAAAACCCCCCAAACCCCAUUUCUCUUUCACUCUUGUAUCAUUCACAAAAUGAGCGUGGAGUGCUACGUCGUGGUGCACAACAUAGCAAAACGACACAACGUUGGCACACUGGCCCGGAGCGCCACCGCCUUCGGCGUCUCCGAGCUCAUUCUAGUUGGCCGCAGAGACUUCAACGCCUUUGGAAGCCACGGCUCCACCUCCCACGUCAGCUUCCGCCACUUCCACUCUCUCUCUGACGCUCGCCAAUUCCUCAAGGACAAAGAUUGUGAUAUUUGUGGGGUCGAGAUUACAGACACUGCUGUGGCUGUCAAUCAGCACCCUUUCAAGAAAAGCACAGCUUUUCUACUCGGAAAUGAGGGAACAGGCCUUUCUGCCAAAGAAUGUGAGAUAUGUGACUUUUUUGUUUAUAUCCCACAGUAUGGUUGUGGUACUGCUUCUUUGAAUGUCACAGUUGCGGCUUCUAUUGUAUUGCAUCAUUUUGGAGUUUGGGCAGGCUUCCCUGAGAGAACCCGUGAAGGGAGCAAGUUUGUUGUGGCUGAGAGACCUGUUAAACAGGUAAGACGAAGUUUCUGUGCGGAAACAGCUGAUACCAUCAUUGAAGAGCGGAAAUCUAGAAGGGAAAAUGCUUCUAAUGGUUUCUUUGAUGAGAGUGGAGUUAACAAUUCAGCCUCCAACCUUUUGGAUGCUUUGUUUGGUGAUGAUUGAUUGAAGGCAAUUAGCCAUGUGAUAUAAUUGGCCUCAAACAUUGAGAAUAGUGUGGGUUGUGGGUCUAUAUUGCCUCAAAUGUUGAAAGAAGGAAACAUACAGUUCUUAAAAAAGCAAUGACUUGAUAAAAGUCCAUUACGAGAGAAAAUUGUUGCAAGGUAACUGAUUGAGAGAAGCUUCAUGUUGGAGGGAUAUGCUGCAAGUUACAGUGAGAAUUUAAUGCGAUUAGUCAAUUACCAUUUGUGACUCAAGAUAUUAAAUGAAAAUUUUGUUAUUUUGCUUAAUUAGCUCUCUAUGUAAGUGCAGUAGUAAGGAUAAUAUUUUCUGUUCUUUUGUUGGAGGGAUAUUCUAUUUUUAAGAAAUAUCCCACCAUUCAAUCUACUAUAUUGCUGUUUAGUUUCA